AGGGUGUGCUGUUUCCAUAGAUGAUAUGACACAGGGGUUCAAUCACCAUUUGUCCGUCAAAAUGAAGUUGCUUCUAGUCUUCUACUUCUCUUCCUCUCUCUUCUGCUCAGUAACCAUGCUGGAGUGUUUAAACUGCAUUGUUGAUUCAGGAUCGUGCAGCACCACAUGUUCACAGCAGUGUCCACCAAGCAAUUUAUGUGCUGCUUUGAUAUACAAUUAUUCUAUUCCAGGGCUUAACGUGACUGUGAUUGGAGAGAUUCGUGGCUGCCUUCCACAGGCUGCCUGUAAUCAAGCGAAUCCAAGUGUUUUAGAAACCACUUACUCAGCCAAUGUUGGAGUGGCAAAUGGUUUUCUAUCCAUCUCUUGUUGUGAGUCUGAAAAUUGCAACCGCAUCAUUAUCCCGAAGCUAGAUAACAAACCAAAUGGACUUCAGUGUUUAAGCUGCAAGAGGUUAACAGACACAGAAUGCAUCUCUUCCAUUUCGUGUGUGGGAAGUCAAGAUCAUUGUAUGACUGGAACAGUUUUAGACCUGGCAAACUUAACAAUCAAGGGAUGUGCCUCUAAAAGUUUCUGUGAUGCACAUUUUCAAAAUUCCACAUUGGGAGAUGUCCACUGUUGCUCAGGAAACUUGUGUAACAAGAGUGAAGCCUGGAACAGGCAGGAUGUCGUCUUGUUACUGAUGAUCUUGACUGCUACUAAACUAAUCCAAUAAGGACAUGAAUUGCACAAUUUUGCUCUAGUUAUAUAAAUAUGUCUAUAAAUGCAUGAUAGUAUUUGUUCUUUUCCUUUGCUUUUUUGUAAUGUAUUUUGGUAAUUUUGGUGAUGAUGUAUAAUGUACUAUAAGUCUGGAAUAUAACUUUCUCAUUCUGAUAUUAAAUUAUGAAAUUAUAUUAGACUUUUUUUUAUUACAGUAUAAAUUGUG